UUUGUAUCAUUCAAGAGUAAUCAUUUAUUAGACAAUUGUUGUAAUAAGAAGCUAAAAUAAAAUGAACGGAGAUUUACCUUCAACAUUUGUACAAGGAUUUCAUGAUGAAGAUGCAGUACGGAAAAUGAAAUAUGUACCUUUGGGUGACACUGGCUUAAUUGUUUCACAAAUUGGGAUAGGAGGUACUUGUUUCAGUUCUUUGUUUGGAGAAUAUGAUGAAGCUGAGGCAAUUGCAACGAUUCACCAAGCAUUAAAAAGUGGUAUCAAUUACAUUGACACUGCACCGUAUUAUGGACAAGGCUCGUCUGAAGAACUAAUAGGAAAGGCAUUGAAAACAGUUCCACGUGAAGCAUAUUACAUCGCAACGAAAGUUGGACGCUAUGGAGUUAAAAAUUUCAAUGAUAAAUCAGAUACUGGAUUUGACUAUACUGCUAAACGUACUCUUCAAAGUGUUGAACAUAGUCUUAAAUUGCUUGGAAUAAAUGCAGUUGAUGUUAUUCAAAUUCAUGACAUUGAGUUUCCAGAAACAAUCGAUACAGUAUUGAAUGAAUGUUUGCCUACUUUGGAAGAACAUGUUGUAAACAAAGGCAAAGCUAGAUUUAUAGGAGUUACAGGCUAUCCAGUUUCAGUGCUAAAGGACUGUGUAGCAAGAAGUAAAGUGAAAAUUUCUUCCAUUAUUUCGUAUGCUCGGUUUACACUUAUCGAUGAUACUUUAAGUGAAUAUCUGGAAUUUUUCAAGGAAAAUAAUGUGGUGGUAAUAAAUGCAGCUAUUUUUCAAAUGGGUUUAUUAUCCAAUGAUGGACCUCAACCUUGGCACCCAGCUCAUGAAAAAACAAAACAAAUUUGUAAACAAGCUGGUGAUUACUGCAAGGCACAUGGAAUAGAAUUAGGCCAGUUGGCUUUGUAUCAUGCUUUAACAAAACAACCGGGUCCUCCAUUACAUUUAAUUGGAAUGAACAAUCGAAAUAUAUUGCAAUCUAACUUAGAAGUCAUUCACAAUUCAAUUAGCGAUAAACAUCUUGAAGUUUUGAAAGAAAUUAAUGAAAAAUUUUUCUCAAAAGUGGAACAUCGACACUGGGAAGGAGUUGAAGUUAAAGCGUAUCGUCAAACAUUUGGAUUAAAAUAUUAAUAUUUUUUUAUAUCUAACCGAAAACCAACAAAUGCUUUUAUUUAUUUUCCGAAAUAGGUUGCCAUCAUUCUGAACAUAUUAUUCAACGUGAACAAAGUUUUCCUCAUUUAGUAGAUAUACAACCGACAGGCCCUCGAAAACAAAUUUUGUAAAAAAAUUAGAUGAAACGGUUCAGGGAUUAUCUUCGAAACAGCAAGUCUCAGAAAAAAAUGAAAGUUGUCUUUGAAAUAUAAUAUUAUCAUUACCUCUCAGAAUUGACCUCGCUCAUGACUGAACGAGGACUUAAAAAAAGUUGAACAAAAUGCACCAAAAUUUAUGAAAAUCAGUUCUGCGUAUCCGGAGAUAAUCUCUGCACCAUAUAAAAAAUAUGAUUUUUAGAAAAACGCGUUUAAAGUUUUUUUUCUUAUGUUACGCGUGACGAAUAAUUUUAUUACGUUACGCGUAACGAAUUUUGAAUUGCAAUUUUAUACAAGCAACUAACAUCAUCAAUAACAAAUUUAAAAAAAAUCGAUUUUAAAAAGUUCUGCCAGUGGA